UUCAUAUGUGCAACUUGCAUGCGCUCUGCAGCAGCCUUUGUCUGGGACGUUGCGGAGUGCAACAGUCAGCAUGACGGGCUCGUAUUCACUGCAAUGCUUGGGGCUCAUUCUUCUCGCAGCAAUCCUCCUGCAAACAAUUGCAGUUGCGGUAACUUUCAUUUACUUCAGCAACGUGUUGACAACGAUGAAAGAGACGUUUUCCAAGAGCAGCAUUUCGUGUCUGAUGCGCGCAAAUAUAAAAGGCAAAGGUUUGGACUUGAACGCAGACGAUGGAAAAGACGACCCCUGCUGGCAAGUUACCCAGCAACUCCAUUUCCUCAUCGAAAAGACUAUGUCAAACUGCCAUGAGAAAGAAAUCUCCUCUGCGGUCAAAGAUGAAGUGUCACGAGUUUUGCCAUCCCUGACUACGGAGGACAAAGAGGCCCCGCCUCGUCCCGAGAUCGCUGCUCACGUCACCGGCACUUUCUUUUCAGGAGCAACCCAGUCAGCGGAGGAUCCGACCAGCAAGAGGGUCCUGGGCCAGAAGAUCCAGUCAUGGGAGUCGGAGAAAGGCCUGGCCUUCCUGCACAAUGUCAAAAUGACCAAUGGGGAACUGGUGGUCCCUCAAGCUGGCCUCUACUACAUCUACUCCCAGACCUACUUCCGGCACACCCUGCCCCUGGGGGAUGGUGAGGAAGAGUACACAGAUGGGGCAGAGGAUAUUGAGGGGAGCGCCGUGAGGGGCAAGCAGAUGCUGCAGUACAUCUACAAGAAGGUGGGCUCCUACCCCAUCCCCAUCUUGCUGAUGAAGAACGCCAGGACCACCUGCUGGUCGCGGAGCGCCGAGUACGGCCUGUACUCCAUCUACCAGGCCGGGGUCUUCCAGCUGACCGCCGGUGACAGGGUGUUUGUGUCAGUCAGCAACGCCACCACAGUGGACAUGGAUGAGAAGUCCAGCUUCUUUGGUGCCUUCUUGGUAAGCCAGUGAGCUGGUCACUGCAGCCAAGGUAGUGGUGCAUCUAGACAAGCCAUGCAGCUUGUCCUCAUUCUGCUUUCUUCCUAGAACUUUGGCACACCUUAGUCUAAGGGGAUUAUAGCAGACUGGCACAAGGAUGAGAGCAUGGGGAGUACACUGCCUGCCCCCCCCCCCCCCCUUCCCACAAAGUCACUUUGUUCUGUCAGCCAAUGAGGUUUAUUUUUUAUUACUUGCCUCAUAGUAGAAGUGAGGGGAGGGGCAUGUUAGAACCCCAUAUGAUGGAAUGUAUCUGAUUGGCCAUGGAAGGACUCUGUCCGAGGCAGUGAUAUAUUUUGGGAGGUGGUGGGAAAGAGGCAGUUCUGUUGACUCCCAACAGGAAGAUGGAUGUGAAAAUGCAGAGCAUGGACUGGUUGGAGUUCACCAGCUCUUCUGCUGUUGGGAGUGACAUAAAUAUGUGGAAGUAAUCUUGUUCUGUCUCUUCCAAGUAAAACAUUUGGUGUCUUUUUCAGUAAUUGUACAAAUGGCUUUUCAGGAACAGACAAUGAUCCCUUUUGGCUUAUUCAAUGAGCUAUCCUGUCAAAAAAUAUUUUAGUUCCAUAUAUAUAUUUCUUUUUGGCUGAGCUCAUUUUACCAUGUUGAAGUAGCAUUUUAAUUAUUGAUUUGAUAUGUUGAUUAACAGUAAUGUCUUAUGUUCAGAACAAGAUAAAACCAAAACUAGUUGUGUAUUUUUAAUAUCUUCAGUAUUCUUCCCAUUCAUAAACAAUCCCAGUUGUAAAAAUGUCUUGUAGACACCAACCUCAUGGCAUUGUGAUGGAAGCACUUGGCACUCUGCACAGGAGGUGACUCAGAAAAGGAAUGUAACAGGAACUUCCAGUGCUCAGCAUUGUGGUGGACCAAAAGACUUGUUUGGAACACCUGCUUGUGGUGUUGCAGUGGUAGACCCAAGCCUAAACAUAUUUAUUUGUAAAUACAUCACAGACUGUGAAAUGUGUUUGACUGUGAGAUUUGUUCAAUAUAUUUUCUUAUGUAAUUGUGCUUUUUUGAACAUUCUGGCUCAUCUCCAUCACAACACCACCCUAUUCCUGGACUCCAGUGAAUGUCCAGCUCCAAAUGGAUGAAAUGUAAAAUGUCAGCAAGAAAAGAUGCACAGGACAGUGGCGUUUUCUCCUCAGAGAAAUAAUGAAAAAUAAGCAGAACCAGAGAGAUGACGUAAGAACAAGGGGUGUUUUGUAAUUUGUGAGUUUUGCCGAGUUUUGUUUUCCAGCUGUUAUUCUAAAGGUUUCAAAAUAAUGCUCCAGUUUUUAAUCAUGUCUUUCAUGUAAAUGUUUCAGAAGGGAUAUUCACUUUGAAAAGUAAACAGUGUGCAGUCUAUAUACUACCAACUCCAGGUCUCCAAGUCACACAGUGUAAUGUACUAUUUCAGAUCAUGUGAGUGAGUGAGUGUGUGUGUGUGUGUGUGUGUGUGUGGGGGGGGGGGGGGGGUUAUGGUAGUGUGCAAAUGUGAUGUGAGAGGCCACCCAUUUGUUUAUUCGGUCUCCAGUCAAAUCAGCCAUUCAGUUAAAUUUUUUAGUGUCAGACAAUAAUGCAGGAAAAGCCUUCACCACUACAUAUAAUUUGAGAUAUCAGGUUUUGUCUACUCUUUCUUUUGUGCACCCUACUACCACUUUGUCUUCCAUCCGUCCAGUCAACAGACAAGUCACAGCUCUGUCUUCCCAACAAAAGUUGUUACCAAAAGUGUCAAUGAUGUUAUUUUAGAACUCUUUGCCUUCAAAAGUGACUUGUAUUCAAACAACUAAACAAACACACCAUAACUGCCUUGUAAUAAAGGCAAAGGGUGGACACACUCAAUACUAAAAGAUUAGAUAUUGUAUAUAGUUAUGGAGAUUUUUGUGGAAUUCUGUGUUUAAAAUAUGCUGUAAUAUUGUCUGACACUGCAAAAUAAAUAACUUGCACUCAAUGGCUGUUUUCACUGGAAAGUAAAUAAAAGAGGGUGUUCUCUGACUUUCUCACAGUACUAUAUAGUGUGUGUGUGUGUGUGUGUGUGUGUGUGUGCACAUGCCAAAAUAAAUAAAAGUUCAACUGCA